AUGCCGUCUUCCCGCUGGUGGCUCUACGUCCAAGCCGUUGUCUGGCGCUUUCUAAUGCGCAUUGGCAUGUUCCUGCACGAUGUCACUCCUCCGCGACCUCCCCGGCCUGCCUUUGUUCGCACUAUUCCCACCGGUUCGGGUCAGGUUCGUCUCUGCUUCUACACGCCACCCAACUAUCUCAACAUCCGCAAAGAAGGCCGUCGUCUGCCCGUCGUGGUCAAUUUCCACGGCGGAGGCUUCACGCUAGGAUGCCCCACGGAUGACAGUCGCUGGGCGCAGUGUGUGCUCGGGGAAGUCGGCGCCGUGCUGGUCAGCGUCGGAUACCGUCGUGCUCCCGAACAUCCGUUUCCCGCCGCCGUCGACGACGGGGUUCUCGCCCUGCAGUAUCUCGCUGCCCACGCCGUCGAGUUGGGUUUGGACGUUUCGCGCAUCGCCCUCUCCGGCUUUUCUGCUGGUGGGAACCUCGCCAUCACCCAACUAGUAUCCGCCGCCUCCACCAGCGAACUCAACAUCGUCGCCCUCUUUUGCUGGUACCCAAUCCUCGACUUUGAGGAGUCGCGUGACCAUCGUCGCGCCAUGAGCCUCAUGCCCAGUAAGACCCUCCCAGCCUUCUUCACCGAUCUCUUCGAUGAAUCCUACCUGCCUACGCACGAGGAGCGGAUCUCGCCCUAUGCGUCGCCCGUGCACGCCACGGAUGAGAUCCUCGCCGAUGCCCUGCCGCACGAUAUCUUCUUCUUUAUCUGCGAAUGGGAUAUGCUUCUCAAGGAGGGCCAGGUGUUUGUGCGGCGUCUGCAGAAUAUCAACAAACAUGUCCGCGCCAUGAUGAUCGAAAAGGCGCCCCAUGCGUGGGAUAAAUCACCCAAUCCCUUCCGCGAUCAAGAUUCAGUUGAUAUUCUCUACCGCGAUGCCUGUGCUGAUAUGAAGCAUAUUUUUGACCAACCCACUCGCUCAAUCUCAUAUGUAGAAAUAGCCAAGCCUGCCCCUCCUUUCCAUGAUAACCAGCGAACUAGACGAAAUAACGAAGUGGGUGAAGGAAGAUACUUGAGCUAA